AAUGGCUUUUUGUAUUGACAAAAAUCAAUUGAAAAUCCAAAACUUUCCUGAAUCUUGGAGGGAUAAGCUUAAUAAUAUGAACUCUAUCUUGGUUGAAAAAGAAGUAUUAGAAGAAAUUAAGAAAAAUGAUGAAUUUACUGAAUCUAUUGAAUCUAAUUACAAUAAAUGGAAUAUCAAAAAUAAUUCAGAUAAAAUUUUAUUAUCUUAUAAUAGUAUUAACAAUGUUAAGAUCGAUAUACAGAUUGACAUACUAUAUGCUGAAAUUAAAGCAAUUAAACUGUUAAAGAAUAAAGAUUUAUUAAUGAAAGUGGGUUACAUACCUAAAUUUGAAUUUGAUCUUAUUGAAUUGAUGAUUGAAGAUUAUGUUAAUUCACGGUUUAAAUUAAGUCUUUAUGGAACAGAGUUAAUGGAACAUUUAUUGAAAAAAAAUAAAUUCGAAUUUAUUGAUAAGAUAUUGAAAAAUAUAAUUAAAUUGACCAUUAAGAAUGAAAAUAAAAAUUUUAUUUCAAAUCUUCUAUUAAUGUGGAUAGUUACUGAUAAUUUUUAUACAUUAAGUCAAUAUCCCGAGAUUAUUAAUUGGUUUUUAUCUAGAAUAGCUUUUUUUGUACCUGAUGAUACAUUAAAUGAA